GACGGUCUGCUUUCUAGCCCAAUUUAACAACGGGGUCAGUGGUGGUUGCGAAUAGAAUGCCACGGCCUGGAUGGCAGCUGUCUGCAACGACGGUACAGCGUUCCUUUCAUCAAGACCUAGCCUGACAGCUCUCAGAGACGAGGGCUCCCUGUUGACGAUGCGAAGUUUGUAUUUAAGCUUGAUGGCAGCCGGCUAAUCGGCAAGAGCUGAUCCCUCUCGAUCAGUCUUCACUGCUGCAGUCAUUCAUUCCUUACCUUGCCAUUGGUCUUUUUGGUCUUUUAACAGCAAACAUGGGUCUCUACAGGUUCCUCAUCGCCAUCCUCCCGGUCGUCUUGGCCGCGGACCUCUACGUCGCGCCCGCCGGCUCAGAUAGCGCUGCCGGCACUCUCGCUGCUCCUCUCAAGUCCAUCCAAGUUGCCGUCGACAAGGCCGUUGCUGGCGACACCAUCUACCUCCGUGCCGGCACAUACUCGCCCACGACUAACAUCAAGAUCACCAAGAGUGGUACUUCCGCUAAGCCCUACACCCUGACGGCUUACAACGAUGAGGCCGUCACAAUCGACGGUGAGGCUUUGCCCGGCACCCCCGGCGCUCUCGACUCCUCUCUUGCCAACGCCGACCGUGGUGUUCUUCACAUCGAGGGGGCCAACUACUGGAAGUUUUACAAGUUGACCAUCAUCAACGGUCCCUACGGCGUCUACCUCCGCGACGGUUCCAACAACUACUUUGAGCGUAUCGUCACCCACGACAACUACGAGACGGGCUUCCAGAUGCAGGGCUCCCUGAGCAAUAACCAGGUCAUCUACCUCGACUCCUACCGCAACCGUGACCCCCGCAAGAACGGCGAGAGCGCCGACGGCUUCGCCUGCAAGGAGGGCUCCGGCACGGGUAACAUUCUGAAGGGCGCUCGUCUUUGGGAGAACGUCGACGACGGUCUGGACCUUUGGGAAUUCAAGUCCCCCGUCACCAUCAUGGACACCAUCUCAUGGGGCAACGGCGUGAACCGCUGGGGCUUCACCGACUUCCAGGGCGACGGCAACGGCUUCAAGCUGGGCGGAGGCGACGCCGCCGACGUCGGCUCGGCCAACCACGUCAUCACCAACAGCAUCGCCUUCAACAACGCGGCCAAGGGCUUCACCGACAACAAGCAGCCCGGCAACUUUCAGUUCACCCGCAACACGGCCUACAACAACGGCGCCGUCGGCUUCCAGACCAUCACGACCAAGUCGACGCUCAAGAGCAACAUCGCCGCCGCCAACUCGGCGACCACGGCAAAGUCGGGCCAGACGUCGCUCGUCAGCGGCACCACCAGCAGCGGCAACUCGUGGGACGGCAGCGCGACCUGGUCCGCUUCGAGCUUCAAGAGCGUCGAUGUUAGCUUGGUCAAGGGCGCGCGCCAGGCCAACGGCAAGAUUGUGGCGAGCAACUUCUUGAUUCCUACCUCUGGCGAGGCCAUUGGUGCUACCACCACCUGGUCCUAG